AGGGAGAGGACUGAGGAGGAGAGAGGGAAAAGAAGGGCGUAGGCACAGAGCCGCGACACCGGUUCCGGCGACGGCAGAGGAGAGAAGGAAAGAUGGAGGGAAAAGGGAAGAGAGAGAGAGUGCACUAUAAUUAAACGGACAGAUUAUAUAAAAGAAAGAAGUAAAAAAGUAGAGAUGGAGCCAAAGAGAAUCGAGGCCCGGACCAAUGCAACUCCGACCAACAACUGAGUGACACUAGGUUUCUGCAAUUGGGUAAAUAAGUUGUCAUAAGGUUCUUGCUCUGUUCACAACUCUAUCCUACCAACUCCACUGAUUUCUUUGAAAAUGUCCAACUUUGAAGCUAAGAACUUCUUCAAAGUUUACCUCCCGAAAUACAGCUUUGAAAGAAUGUCCAUCCCACCUACCGCUGUUGUGUGUUCAAAUGGAUUGAUGCCUAUGCCUGCAACAGCCACUCUUAGAAAUUGCAAAGGGCAAUGCAGGCAUGUGGAGUUGAACAAAUGUGAUGGCAGGAUGUUUUUUGAGAAGGGUUGGAGAAGAUUCAUUGAUGAUAACUCCAUAAAGGAAGAAGAUAUAUUAGUUUUCAGUUAUGUUGGAUGUUCUGUGUUCGAUGUGAAAGUAUAUGGGUUUGAUGGAUGUGAGAAGAAUGUUUCAUAUCUAGUUGAGGAGGGAGAAAGUGGGGAAGAACAAGGACAAGAAGAUGAUGAAGAAGAAGAUUAUGGCUAUCAGGAAGAAGGAGAAGAUAGUGUGCUGGAGAUGGAGGAUGAUGAUGAUGAUGAUGAUGAUUAUGGCUAUCUGGAAGAAGGAGAAGACAGUGACCUGGAGAUGAAGAGAGAGGAGGAAAAUGAAGAAGUAUUGGAUACUUUAACCAAUAGAAGAGGCCAGAGAAAGAUCAAUAAAAGAAACAGUGGGCUGCAUGAGGGUUUAGCUGCUGUGAAUGAUGAAGAAACUACCUCUAUGGAGGUUGAAUAUGAGGAGCUUAAUCCAGAGAGAUAUGUCCAAGAAUUGAAUCCUUAUUUUGUGGCGAGGAGAAGACUAGGGAGGGGAAAUGAAUUGUAUGUUCCAAGUACUGUGAUAAGAGAUUAUGAUCUGAUUCUGGAGGACAAUCAGGAAAUUACGUUUCUUGACCCAUAUGAUCGGAAAAAGAUUGGAAAGGUUCGUAAAUGGAAGGAUCGUCGAACAUGCAUAAUAGGAUGGAGAAGUUUCUGCAAUCGAAACAGAGUCAAUCAGGAGCGUGACGUAUGCAUCUGUGAAUUCCUGCUUGAAAAUGAAAAUGAACAAAAACCCAAGUUCAUGAAAGUUCACAUUAUCCGUGGGAAACAUACCAAAUCCCAGAAGUCAACCUUGAAGCACUACCAAAAGAAACAUAGCGACAAGACAUUGCCAGGUUUAACGCUUUAUUACAGCAAUCAAGUCCAAGAUGCUUCUAGUUUAACCAUGAAUUCUCAUGGUCGUGGAUCAAACAGACCAACACUUCAGAGUUUGGUCUCUAAGCUCCCUUGCGAAAAAGUUGAUAUAGAACAUCGAAAAGGCCAUGAAGAACUGUCUAAGUCUAAUUGCGGGCUUUUGUAGGUCACAUAGUGGAAGGCCUAAGUGCUUGGUGGCCCGACUUUUCAUUUUUAAGGCUAUGGGUUGGGCUGAUGCGUCAUUUCAAAAAUAUUACGUAAAAACGGUCAAAAUGUUGGAUUAAAUAUUCUUUUCA